AAAAAAAAAAAAAAAAAAAAAAAGCAACGAUACUCGCCACGCGGAACAAGAAACAAUGCCGCCAGAGCCCGUCUCUAUCGCAGAGUUUGCCGCCACGCAGCUGGCGCUCCUGGGCGCCGAGCAGGCCGCCGAGGUGGCGGCGGCGGCGGAGCUGAUCCAGGGCCACACGCCUAGCGCGCUCCAGCGGGCCGGCGCCGCCCUGACCAACCUGACGGUGGAGGGCCGGCGGACGGGCUCGGGCGGCCGGACCGUCGUCGAGCUGGGCCCGGACCCGGCCGUCAGCUCCGACACCGGCGAGCUGCCCGAGCACGGCCUGCGCGUCGGCGACGUCGUCCUGGUCGCCGAGCAGCCGGCCGGCUCGGCCAAGAAGCGCGAGGUGCGCGAGCUCGAGCGCGCCGGCUCCCGCGGCGUCGUCACCCGCGUCCGCCGCCGCGACCUCUCCGUCGCUCUCGACCUCGACGACUCGGCCGGCGGCGCCGCCGCCGGCCAGAAGGAGGAGAAGGGCUUGAACGGGAGGGUGUGGGUCGUGAAGCUCGCCGACGACGUCACUUUCCGCCGGAUGACCAUGAUGAUGGAAAAGAUGCAAAAGCUGAGCGACUCGGAGCAGUCCAACUUCAUGCGCGUGCUUUUCGGUCUUUCCUCGCCGUCUCCAGUGCCCGCGGACCUGGGCGCCGACCCGGACCUGAGCAAAAUCGAAUGGAUCGACCCGACCCUGAACGAGUCGCAGAAGGAUGCCGUCCGCUUUGCACUCGCCUCACCUGAGAUUGCGCUCAUCCACGGCCCUCCAGGUGUAUGUAUGCCCCCAGCUCAGCACGCCCCCGGCUGGAUAUGGCCGCGCCGUCACGCCCAUCUACAGGCAAGACCCACACCCUGAUCGAGCUGAUCCUCCAGUUCCUGAAGCAAGGGCUACGCAUCCUGGUCUGCGCCCCCUCCAACGUGGCCGUGGACAACGUGGCGGAGCGCCUGGCGCCCCAUUCCGGCGCCCCCAUUGUCCGCAUCGGCCACCCGGCCCGCCUGCUGCCGUCCGUGGCCGCCCACUCCCUGGACGUGCUGACGCAGACGAGCGAGGCGGGCGCCAUCGUGCGCGACGUGCGGGCCGAGAUGGACGCCAAGCAGGGCUCGAUCAAGAAGACCAAGAGCGCCAGGGAGCGCCGGCUCAUCUACGCCGACCUCAAGGAGCUGCGCAAGGAGUUCCGCGAGCGCGAGCGCAGGUGCGUCACGGACCUUGUCCGGUCCAGCAAGGUCGUGCUCGCCACCCUGCACGGCGCCGGCGGCUUCCAGCUGCGGCAGGAAAAGUUCGACGUCGUCAUCAUUGACGAGGCGAGCCAGGCCCUGGAGGCGCAGUGCUGGGUCGCGCUCUUCGCCGCCAAGAAGGCGGUCUGCGCCGGCGAUCAUCUCCAGCUGCCCCCGACGAUAAAGUCACUGAACUCCAAGACCCCGACCGCUGCCGGAGGAGCAGCCCCGGCCGCCGCCAAAGGAAAGGGCCGGGGCGCCACGCUCGAGACGACCCUCUUCGACCGCCUCCUGAAGCUCCACGGGGCAUCCAUCAAGCGCAUGCUGACGACGCAGUACCGGAUGCACGAGAAGAUCAUGCGGUUCCCCUCGGACGAGCUGUACGGCUCCGAGCUGACGGCGGCCGAGGCCGUCAAGGGCAGGCUCCUCCGGGACCUGCCGUACGCUGUCGAGGACACGGACGAGACGCGCGAGCCCCUGAUCUUUAUCGACACGCAGGGCGGGAACUUUUCCGAGCGCAGCGACGACACCGAGGCGGGCGACGCGGCCGGCAAGAAGAAGAUUGCCCUCCACGGCGAGAGCAAGAGCAACGAGCGCGAGGCCGCCCUCGUCUCGCAGCAGGUCCGGCUGCUCGUCGACGCCGGCGUCAAGCCCGAGGAUAUCGCGGUGGUCACACCCUACAACGGUCAGGUGAGAGUCUCCACCAUGGCUCUGUGCAGUCCCGUGUUGGUAUCUCCAUGUCUCGUUCCCAUACCAUGUCCUUUCUGUGCUGGUUCUUGUGUUUCGGCUUUUCCACGGACGAGUCAGCCGGGAUGUUGGCAUUCGCCUGUCACAUCCAUCAUCCUUAUCCCCCCACCCCUCCUUUCAUUUCUAUAUGUGCUUGGGUUACUUUUUGCAUCUUGCAUUACCUUUCAUCCCUUGCUUAUUUCCUUUUGGUCCGUUUUGUGCGGUUCGCCCUCUCACGGAAGGUCCUCCGUCCCCGCAUUCAACCAAAGUUCGGGGCGCAAUUGCCGAGAACCCCCCAAAAAAACGCGGGUUUCGCAAUGUAUAACAGGUCGUGGUAUAGCCGUUCAUGCGGCAAGUGGAUUCCUGCUGACAAAGGGAUGGGGGGACUGUCAAACCCCCUCGCUGUUCUCCGACAACCAGCUCGCCGUUCUGGCGCCGCUGCUCAAAGAGGCCUUCCCGGGCAUCGAGCUGGGCAGCGUCGACGGCUUCCAGGGCCGCGAAAAGGAGGCAGUCAUAGUCAGCCUGGUGCGCAGCAACAGCGAGGGCGAGGUGGGCUUCCUGGGAGAGAAGCGCCGGCUGAAUGUGGCCAUGACGCGACCGAAACGGUCCCUAACGAUAAUCGGAGACUCGGACACUGUCAAGAGGGGAAGCGCCUUCCUCAAGAGAUGGAUGGAACAUCUGGAAGAACACGCCGACCUGAGAUACCCAGAAGUCUGAGAGCCACACGCACACGUGUCGUUCGUCCAUUUUUUUUAUUUUUUGAUAGCGGUGCCGAUAUUGACACGGGGAGGCUAUGAAUGCACGUGGGGAAUAUUUUGAAAGGGGCGGGACUGACGUGCUCGGCCUUUUGCAUUGGCCGGGCCAGUCGCGCCAAGAAACGUCAAGGGUCGGGAAGAGUUGCGACCCUGGACAAUCUCAACGGGCUACCGAGCCAGGCACCCAGGCCGCCCGCCAGGGUCCAGGGGUCACACACACACACACACACACACACACACACACACACAGCCCAGGUCGCGACUUCAGGUGUGUUUGGUUUGCGAGGACGGUGACAGGGAUGCCCAGUACGGUGUCGCCAACCCGAGGGGAAGUAAGAACAACGAAAGGACAGAACGAGGAAAAAGUAAUGGGCGAUGUGCUGUCGCAAGCAGACAGUCACCCCAGCUUCGGCUUCAGCCGCAAUAACUAUUGUUGCCGGUUGGGGACUAGCUGCUAGGUCGUGGAGUCGGUGUAUAAGGCGAUAUUAUUAGCCCAUGUUGUUAUUGGCCGAGUGACGGAGGGGGAGGUGUGCACAAGCUGGCACACCAACGAAGAAUUUACGACAAGGCUAUGGCGCGGUCUACCGAUCGCGGGCCUGACUUGGCCGGAUAUCUCGACCGUGUUGGGGAGCCUUCACCGAGAGAGGCGCCCACCGGCACACACAUAGAGGAGACGAGCGACUGACAGGCACCAACCAGCCUUUCGGCUCAGAGCGUCGCCCUCUCCCACGCGCGGUGGAGCAGCGCUUUAUUGAGAGAGCAUCUCCUCCCCCAGCCCCGCC